CUUGUGCUUCUCCUUACUUUCCUAAUGGCUGCAACCCAUCUCUCGAAAUGUUCAUUUGUCUUAGCCUUGGCCCUGUUCUUGGCAGCCAUUGCCUCGGCGGAAUACUACAACCCCACUGCUACUAAUUCAGAGGAAGCUGGUGCUGUAGUUAAGCCUCAAGACAAACCAGAUUACCACAAUGGAUAUGUUUCCACGCCGGCGAUGGAGAAGCUGAAGUCGAGGAUGCACCAGUACGAGCAUGGCUGGAAGCAAGAGGAUGCUGACAGCCACCGACCCGAAUCAGGAAAUGGGUAUGGUUCGAAAUCAGAGAAGCCAUUGGUGCCGGAAGCAGUGAAGCCAAAGGUUAGCUCCGAGAAGAGGUCGUCGAACUAUGGGGCAAAACCGGAAGAUUGGUUCCCGAUCGGCAUUGAAGGAGUUGUUGCGUGCAAAUCAGGAUCUGACUACCGUCCCCUUCAAGGCGCUGUGGUGAGAAUAACUUGCUCGGGCGAGGAGGAAGAGCACAAGGUGUCGUGCUCGACCGACGAGAAGGGAUAUUUCUACAAGACGAUGCCGGCUUAUGGUGGCAAACCAGAGCUGUGCAAGGCAUUCCUGGAGAAAUCGGGGUCUGAGAAGUGCAGUGAGCCUACAGAUGUGAACAAGGGCAUCAAUGGCGCCGCCCUCUCUUCGUACAAAAUUCUCCAUGACAAGCGCAUCAAGCUCUACCCUGUCGGCCCUUUCUUCUACUCCAUGAAGACGACGACGGCGGCAACGACUCAUGAUGCUUAUGAUCACCCUGCUACUGCUAUAUCUACUGCCAAACCUUACACCAAAUCUCCUGCAGGCUACUGAUUGUACACCAGAUUUUUCAUUUUGCCAUUUUUUACUAAUCUACUUAUCUAUCUCUUUGGCUUUUUGUUAUUGCAUUUCAUUAGUUCAUCAUUGAUUCAAAGAAUCAUUCCUUUGUUUGUUACUCCAAAAUCCCAAAUUUGUAUGACUGCUUCCCUACGAGAAUAUCUUAUAAAAUCAGUAUGAUUGUUGUUGUAUUAAAUUUUGUUUACUAUGUGACACGAGUAUAGAUCAUAUCGAGGUAUUGACAAUCCACCUUGAUUCAUUUUUUAUUUGUUUUGUUUGUUUUGUUUUCUAAAGAACCAUUGGAAUCGAAUCGAAAAUUUAUCUUAAAACGAUAUAUUAAAGGGGUUUUAGAAAACGAUUUCCCCACGUCAUUUUUUUUAUAGUUUCACACGUAAUUCUCGACAUUUAUAAUAGCAAACCAUGAUAACUGGUCCGUUAAUACAAUAUUAGUCCAGUCUUUAAUAUUAAGAUAUCUUAUAUUAUUGGAGAGCAUAAAUCAUUAAGUCUCAUGAGUUUAGUCCACACCAAAUCACAUCGUUGCACACCCCUAGCUCUAAUGCAGCCAGGGUUCUAAUAAUAGAAUGUUUUCACACGUGGAAGAUAAACAUUGGUGGAUCAGACACAUCCAUAAUAUAUAAAAUAAUGCAUUUUAUUUAAAUUGGUCCUAUUUCAAUUAAUUAAUGACGCACUAAUGCCGUGAGCUAGCUUAGUUGGACCAAUAGUUGAUUGUGCUCUAGGGAGUAGUUUACAUUCUUUCAAGAUACGAUUCUCCAUAUCAAAGAAAAAAGUAUCACAUGAAUCAUGAUUCCUAAUGAGGCAUUAGUAAUAUUGUAUAUGUAUUUGCGGAUCCUGAAAUUUUAUUAAGGGUCCUCAAUUGUAACUAAAAUAUCUAAGGAUUGUCAAACGUGAAAUAUGCUCGAAUUCAAAUACUACUAUCACGGAAAAUAAAAGUUUACGUAAGUUUUUUUUUUUUUUACAAAAUUUUGAUUUCAGGGUUUUGUCAAUUGACAAUUCAGUUUUGCACUCGAAUCCACCCCUGUGCAUCCUUGAACAACUCAAGUUAUUGCGAUAAUUUUUUUCUCGAUAUAAUAUGGUAUCAAUCUUUGACCUAUUAGAGAUCUCGUAUAUAAUUUGAUUUGAACAUUAAGAUACGAUGGGUGAAUCACAUUACACAUACACAAACUAUCAAUUGUUUUCUUCUUCUUGGCAACUCAAGUUAUUUGAAAGUAAUUAAUUUGAAAAUAUUAGAUUAAUUAAUCAAAGUAUUAAACCACGAGUUUCCACAUAUUAGACCUUCUUUUAGAGAGAUUAAGUCGGGUCCCUAAAGCAAUUGAUUUCAGGGACUAAAAAGGAUAAUUAGUC